AUGCCAGGAGUGCGCUACGCGAACGCAUCGUCUAAUGCCUGUGGUGUCGUUCGCUCGAAGGAGGUGGUCUACUGGGGGGAGCACUCCGAGGUACCAUCGUGGGGAUUGCAGCGGCUAUACUUUGGCGUCGUCGGGCUCCGAGGAGAAGAGGCUGCGCGCCAUGCGUAUGAUGUCAUCUUGGCUCUAAGGCCGUUCCCGACCACGCCGUACCCCGGCUCCCUCGCCCCCUCCUCCUCGCGGCCCAUGGGACGAGCUGGCCUUGCGACUUGCUUCCAGGCUGAAACGAUACAGGCACUUCGACCUCGCGUCGACAAUCUCGCGUCCUCUACAUACUACACCCAUGGCCUGGAUUUCAUGUCCUGGUUCACUGGUCCCACGCCUCCUACCGCGUACCUCGCGUCCGUCCCCGCAUCCCAUCCCCUCUUUGGGCUCAUGCAGCUCACCCAAUACCUGGCCACCUGCCGCGCGGCGCGUAUUGACCCCGGCGAGAUGCGCGAGAAUCUUCAAGGUGCGACCGGUCACUCUAGGCUUUGCGUAUUGCCCCACAACGCGCCGAAGGCGUUCGUUGUCACGGGCCCUGCGCGCGCCCUAUACGGCCUCGUCACCCUCCUGCGCAAGGUCCGCGCCCCGAACGGCCUCGACCAGAGCAAGAUCCCGUUCUCGCAGCGGAAGCCCGUGUUUUCUGUGCGCUUCUUGGUGGUCGGCGUACUCUACCACAGCGAGUACCUCCGGGGGAUGACGGAGAAGCUGUUCAAGGAGGACUUGGGUGGUGAGGAGCUGUGGACGAAGGAGGACCUGGGUAUGGCGGUUUAUCAUACCGAGACCGGCCUCAACGGUCGUGGUGUCUGCGUCAUCGUCGCGGGAGACAAGUCGAGGGAUAUCGUCGAAUUUUACGACGCGCAGACAGUGAAUAGGGAGGAGUGGUGGAGUCGGUACUUCGUGCCCCGUCUCGUCAGGACGAGCGAUGGCAAAAUCCACCUUGAAACGCCGUUCCCUCGUCUCCUGGGCAAGCCGCCAAUCACGGCGGCUGGUGUGACCCCCAUGGCCGUCAAGGCUGGUUUCAUCAGCGUCGUCCUGGCGGCUGGGUACCACGUCGAGAAGUUGCUGUGCAAGAUCCCCGCUGGUGUUGGUAUCACCCUCAACUCGUUCUACAUCAAUCCACGCCGGUUCGGCUUCCAGUUCCCAUCACAGCAGAAAAUGCGCCGUCAUGGCCUGCUCAUCGAGGGUCUCUGUCUCGCCGCCGGUAAUCAUAGCACGGAGAAGGCGGCGGACAUCUUCGUUGGUCUCAAGGCGUCGGGCGUCUGUAACGUCUCACUCAAGCCCGGAUUCGUCGACGGCAUCCGUCUGGCCUUACUGGUGACUGCAUCUCGCGUCAUGGUCGCCAAGCAGGGGCACACGAGCUCUUCAGUCAAGGAUCUCAUCGUCGCCACGAAGGGUGUCGAUGAUUCUCAGCGAGAAAGAACCUACGCCGAGGAGACCAGCGGCAUUGUGGCCGUAAAGUCUGAGCUCGGCGAGCCCAUCCACAAGGCUGCCACGCGCGCCGUCAAGCUGUGGAAGGAGUUCGAUGACGUUGUCCUAAAGAUGGCCAGGAACGCGCUGCGUGGGUCAACGAGACGCAAGAAGGACGGCAGCGUCGUCGAAGACAUCGCCGACAUGGCCUACGGGGAGGUCGUCUUUCGUACGGCCCGUCUCAUGUACGUCAAGCACGAGGAGCGACGCUCCGCGGGCAUUGACUGCGGAUCAAAGGCGUCGAUCCUACAGUCUUGUUCUUCUUUGGACAAGCCCGUCGACGUCAUCAAGCUCUUCUUCGCGACGCACCCGGAAGGCUUUCUUUCUCGCCACUUCGUAGCGUCCAGGCCGGAAGCCGGUGCCGUCCACAAGCCGUUCAUCCCCGUCCUCGACGCGAACUUCGAGGUGUGGUUCAAGAAGGACUUUCUGUGGGCAGCCGGGGACAUCGAGGCCGUCUUCGACCAGGGCCCGCAGCGUGUGUGCAUCCUCCAGGGCCCUGUCGCAAUGAAGCAUGCUACGAAGAAGGACGAGCCGAUCAAGGAGAUGCUCGACAACAUCCCCGAUAUCGUCGUCGACAGGUUGGCGAAGUGCCUCUACGACGGCGACCUCAGUCGCAUCCCGACUACCGACUAUCUCGUCAUCAGCUCGCUUGGUGUCGAGCGUCACAAAAUCGUCUAUUCCGUUGGAAGCGCCUUGCCUGAGGCGUCGACUUGGCUGGAGACUCGGACGCUCGCAGGCCCUUGUCAAAAUUGGCUCAGGGCCCUCCUUACGUCGACGACCAUCGUCCAGGGUGCAUCGCGCAUCGCCAACCCGAUGCGCCGCCUCUUCGCUCUUCGUCGGAGCCAGACGCCUGUGUUUGUCGCCCUCCACGACGCCGAUCGUUUGCACAGCCAUCACAGGUUCGACAAGGCCGUCGAGGUCAAGUAUCAUCCGGUGUCUCAGACGAUCGACGCCACGCUGUUCGAGGAUCGCCGCGACUUCUCCAUGCUUCUUCAUUUCGAUUUCCUCUACAAGACGAGCAUGUGCUACGCCCUCAUGCACGAAUUUACCGAGGACCGUAACCUGCGUCUCAAAGACUUCUACUGGGGGCUCAGGCUGUGGCUUGGCAACAACGAGGUGCUCCCCGAGAUCAGCCUCCCCUCGCGACAUAAGGGAUAUUAA